UUUCGUUUGAGUGUGGAGGGGGUACUGCGCAAAGAUCAAUAGUGUAUAAGGUGAAAAGAUGCCGCAGAAGCGAUAGAUGUUGAAUUGAUAUUCCUCCAAAUAGUUAAUUUUGAAAGCAUGAUACUGAGAAAAUGAAAUUUUGAUAUCCACCUGAGGACAUAUCGACAUAUUAAUAAUUCAUGCACAAAUUGAGUAAUAAUAUAAAGAAUCUUUCAAUUGAUUCAGACGGAAAGUAGAAUAUGAUAGGCAUAUCAACAGUAUAAACAUUAUGUUAAAGUGUAUCUUAUUCUUGAUAGCUGUUUUAUUUUCAAUAUUCAUCGUCUAUGUUGAAGCAGAGUGCCAGACACGUCAAAUAUACUGCUAUGAGUGCGAUAGUUGGUCCGAUAUUCGAUGUAAGGAUCCAUUCAACUAUACUGCUCUACCUAGGGAUCAACCCCCCUUGAUGACUUGCAAUGGAUGCUGUGUGAAAAUGGUCAGAAAUUCAAAGUCAGCGUACGAAGUCGUCAGGAGAACUUGCACAUCUCAGCUUCAGAUAAACCUGUUCAUGGUCGAUCACGUGUGCAUGAUGGAAAGUAGCGGGACUGGUCACAUGUGCUUUUGCGAGGAAGACAUGUGCAAUGCUAGCCCUAAACGAGUCACAUCCCUUUCCUGCCUGACACUAGUAGUUAUGGUUGUAAGCCUGUGCAUGCUCAUUAGACCAUGAUAGUUGCAUCAUACAACACUAAUAUCUGUAUCGAAGGAUGCAAUCUCAUCUUUUAUGAUUACUAGUAAAACACCACCAUCACACAUUAACUAUAUGAAGAAGGAAGUUCGUUGCAAGGAAGAAAAAUAAUUGAUUAAAAUAGAUAUGAUACUCUUGAAACCUACGAUUAAGAAAAUGCAGAAUUGUCCCUAGUUUAAAAUAUUUUUAUAUUUCGAGAGGUUUAAGCUUCAGCUAAAAUAUACAUAAGUAUAUACGAGUAGCUCAUGGAAGUGAUGUUCAUCCUUUGCUAAAACUAAUACUGUAGUCAAGUGACUACUUCUUUUACACCUUCCAAUAUAAGUUUUAGAACAAUCUGGGGCAGUAAACUAAAGUGCGAAGAGUUUGUCAGCAUGUCACCGUAGAGCAUGAAAUGAAACAUCUAGUAUUUGCGGUGUACUAGCUUUGGAAGAAGAAAUGGCAUGGAUUUCGAGUAGACAUAAUUCUUCCUCUCAGAAGAACUGAGGCCAUAACGCUAUUUACAUUAUUGUACAUGUUCACUACUAAGAGGUUGAUUGAUUUGAAAUUAUUUACAUCCAAAUUUGUGAAACAAUUUCAUCUGCAAUCAAUUUCGAAAAAAUCCUUGUAAAGAGAAUCUAUUAUGUAAAAAAAUUAUCUUAAGAAAGAAAUUUUAUUGUUAUUUAUGGUGAUGUGAUGAUGUAUAAUAAAUUUAUGACUUAUUGGUAA